ACAGACGAUGACGUUUUUUACCGGAAGACUUGCGCGCAUGCGCUGUCAACCUCAACGCGAGCUGCAGGGACCGGGCCACGGCGCAAACCGCAUUAAUAAAACGAGAUGGCUGGAUUGCCCCGCAGGAUUAUUAAGGAGACGCAGCGCUUGUUGGCCGAGCCUGUGCCUGGAAUCAGAGCGGAGCCUGAUGAGGGAAACGCUCGGUAUUUCCAUGUGGUGAUCUCUGGGCCGCAGGAUUCGCCCUUUGAAGGCGGGACGUUCAAACUGGAGCUGUUCCUCCCAGAGGAGUAUCCCAUGGCUGCUCCCAAGGUCCGAUUCAUGACCAAAAUCUACCAUCCUAAUGUGGACAAACUGGGCAGGAUCUGUCUGGACAUCCUGAAAGGUGAUUAUAGUGUUUGUAAAGCCUGA